AGCCAAUCGGAGGCGGGGAGAGGGAGCCUGAGAGGGUGUGUUUUCCUCGCACUGCAGCAUCAGCAGUGAAGGGAGGCCACAAUCAAUCUGACACAGAGCAAGAGACACAAGAACCUUCAGUGAGUGACGCAAGAAAACGGCAGACGUUCAGAAGGUCCAGAGGAGGACAGAAACCUGAAGCCGUUUAGGACCUGCAGAGGAGGUUGUGGACCUGACCGAUAGAGAGGGAAAACAAACCGAGUGAGGAUUGGACGAUUGCUUUUCUCUGAGUGGGAUUAUCUGCGGUUUCCCAGCCGGUUGUGUUUGUGCCUGCAAGCAGGUGCAAUGCCUGCCCCAUCACCACAGCAGGUGGGCAGCAGGGGGCGAUGCAUCGCUCUCCUGCACCCUCUGCUAUCUCUCCUCCUGAUAGCUUUGGCAACCAGGCCUGGUCAAGCCACCAUCAAUAUACCAUCCAAAUACAAAAUAAAAGACUUAAAAAGCCCCCCAGUAAUUACAGCCCAACCAAAAUCUGUUACCACCUUUUCUGCGGAUGACAUCACACUCACCUGUGAGGCAACUGGGAAUCCCCCACCCACGUUCCGAUGGGUAAAAGAUGGUGUGGAGUUCGACCCAUCCAAAGACCCGCAUCUGUCGGUGUCCAGAGAUUCUGGAACCUUUACGUUGACAGCCAAGGAUGGACCAAUCCACCAAUACCGGGGCAGAUAUAACUGCUACGCGUCCAAUGAACUCGGCACGGCUGUGUCUAAUGAGGCUCGUAUUGUCACAGAGAACACGCCCAGCCAACAGAAGGAAAAGAAGGUGUCAAAGAAAGUGGAGGAAGGAGAGAGUGUGGUGCUUCCCUGCUUUUCUCCUAACAGCACAGUGGCUCCAGUAAUCCACUGGAUGGACAAGAGGCUGCGGCACAUUCAGCAGAAUGAGCGUGUGAUUCAGGGCCUUGAUGGGAACCUGUACUUCUCUCAUGUGACUGUGGCAGACAACCGUGAAGACUACACCUGCAACACUCAGUUCCCCAGCGCCCGUAUCAUCAUGCUCAAGGACCCCAUCAAACUGACUGUGGUCCCCUCUAACUCAGUGGUGCGUAACAGAAGGCCACAAAUGCUGCGACCCACCGGCUCCCGCAGCAGCUACCUGGUGCUCAGCGGCCAAACCCUGGAGCUGGAGUGCAUCGUUCAGGGCCUACCUUCUCCCAAAAUUCAGUGGAUCAGGAUCGAUGGAGCCCUGUCCGAGUCACGUUCUUCCAAAGACAGCUUUGACAGAAUUCUGCGCUUCAAGAACAUCAAUGAGUCUGACAGCGGCGAGUAUCAAUGUACCGCCACCAACGUGCAAGGCAUCGCCACUCAUACCUACAGCAUCACUGUGGAAGCUGCUCCAUAUUGGAUCAAAGAACCAAAGAGCCAGUUGUAUGCACCUGGAGAAACAGUCAAACUGGAAUGCAUGGCUGACGGCAUUCCCAGCCCAGCGGUCACCUGGAGCAUCAAUGGGAAUCCUCUUUCUGACAUAGACCCAGACCCCAGACGCACAGUGAAGCACGGCACACUUACCAUGAAGAAUGUGGAACGGAGUGACACCGCUGUGUAUCAGUGCAACGCUGCCAAUAAGCACGGAACGAUUCUCAUCAAUGCCUACGUCUAUGUUAUAGAACUGCCUCCCCAGAUCCUGACAGAAGAUGGUCUCAUGUACUCAGUGGCAGAAGGACAGAAGAUUGAGCUGGCUUGCGAGACCUUUGGCUCCCCAUGGCCCAGUGUCACAUGGGAGGGGGAGUCCUGGGGUUCUCUGAUCGCCAAUCCCAGGAUGAUUCAGAUAUCUGAUGGCUCUCUGCAGAUCAACAACGCUUCCCUCAAUGACAGCGGCCAGUACACGUGCACAGUCAAAAAUGACAAAAUCACCAUCACCGCUGAGCUGGAUGUACUCAACAAAACAGUCAUUGUGAAGCCUCCGAUAGCUCUGAGAAUCCAGUUAGGGAAACCAGCUACCCUUACCUGUGAGUAUCAGGUAGACUCCAGACAGGACACUCCUCAGGUCCAGUGGAGGAAGAACAACCAGAAGCUCUCAGAGUCUGUUGAUUCCGACAAGUACAUGAUGGAUGAGUCCACGCUCAUAAUUCCUGAGGUGGAGGAAGAGGAUGAAGGGAUUUAUACCUGUGAGAUCAUUACCACUCUGGAUGUGGCUGAAGCGAGCGGCUCCAUUACUAUCGUUGACCGACCUGAUCCCCCGACCCAAGUGCAGAUGGUUGAUCCGGAAGAUCGCCGUGUUACCCUCAGCUGGACACCUGGAGAUGAUCACAACAGCCCUGUGCUAGAGUAUUUGAUUGAGUUUGAGGAGAUUGGAUCUGAAAGAAAUGAAUGGGAGGAACUGGUCCGUGUCUUGGGCAGCAAGCGGCGAGCUGUUCUUCCCCUGAAGCCUUUUAUUUCCUAUCGUUUUCGGGUCAUUGCAAUCAACGACAUUGGCAAGAGUGACCCAAGCAUGCAGACUGACCCCUACCACACACCAGCAGCUCCUCCAGACAUCAACCCUGAAGGUGUGCAAAGCGAUUCCAUCGAACCAGACACCCUUGUCAUCACAUGGAAGGAGUUGGACAGACAAAGUUCCAAUGGACCAGGUUUUCGCUAUAAGGUGAUGUGGAGAAAGGCUGUGGGCAGCGGCCCCUCAUUUCACAUGAACACCACCACCUCCACACCCUUCAUCGUCACAGAUGUUGGCAACUUUACAGCUUUUGAAAUUAAAGUGCAAGCUGUCAAUGACAUGGGAGAUGGUCCAGAUCCCAAAUCCACCAUCGGAUACUCUGGAGAGGACUACCCUCUCGAGUCCCCUCUGGAUGUGGGCGUGGAUUUGAUUAACAGCACAGCUAUUAAAGUGACGUGGGCACCUGUGAACAAAGAAACUGUGAGGGGUCUUCUGCAGGGAUACAAGAUCUAUCUCAUGCACUAUGGCCCUGAAAGCAGACACCUUCGACGAGAGCGUGUUAGGGAGGGAAAGCCGACCAAUGUCUCAGUUGUGCUGACGACAAACACAAAGAAGACUCUGGGAGAUCUACAGCCCUACUCGCACUACGCCCUGAGUGUCAGUGCCUUCAACAAUAAAGGAGAAGGACCCCAGUCGGAACCCCUCACUUUCCACACGCCGGAGGGAGUACCUGGUCCUCCAUCAUCUCUGCUGCUGGAUAGCCCAUCAGAAACAGAAAUUACCCUGCAUUGGACUCCGCCUACCCAGCCAAACGGAGUUCUGAUUGGAUAUGUACUGCAGUAUCAACAAAUUGGCAAUAAAGACAGUCCUAUGCAGGAGGAAAUGAUUGAUGGACACAGUGCAUCGAACUUCACCUUAAAGAAGCUUGACCGUCACAGUCGGUACCGAUUCUACCUGCAGGGGCGCACCGCUCCUGGACAAGGCCUGUCAAUCAUCAGAGAGGGUGCCACCACACUGGACGGAGGUCCCCCCUCCAACAUUAGCUUUUCGAUCGGAGAGUCAUCAGUCAACCUGACCUGGGCGCCGAAAGAAAGACAGAGGAACGUUGCUUUCCUUAUUGAGUACCUGAAAAAGGAUGGUUGGAGCAAAUGGAAGACUUCAGAAAGAGUGAACACCUCUCAGUCUUUCUACACACUACAGGGGCUCCAGCCCGGAUCCCAGUAUAGUCUGCGCUUUAACUUCAGCAACAACACUUUCUAUAAAACUGAGAUUGUGACGGGAGGAGCAAGAGUCAUGGAGGUGCGAGGUGGAUUUGUCACUGAAGGCUGGUUCAUUGGACUCAUCAGUGCACUUGUGCUGUUGCUGCUGAUACUGCUUAUUCUCUGCUUUAUAAAACGGAGCAAAGGUGGAAAAUACUCAGUCAAAGAAAAAGAGGACGGCCAGAUAGACUCGGAAGCUCGGCCAAUGAAUAACGAAGCAUUUGGAGAAUACAGAUCUCUGGACAGUGAUAAUGAGGAAAAGCGGACAGCCAGUCAGCCGUCCCUGUGCGAGGACAGUAAGAUGUGCACCGAUGAUGCUCAGGAUGACUAUGGAAACAGCAACAGCGUGCAGACUGAGGUCAUCAUGGAUGAGUCACUGGCCAGUCAGAGCAGCGGAGUCCGAGAUCCCGGGACUCAGGAAAGUUCCCCUUUAAAUCCUGCCACAGCUAUGUCCCACCACGGCCUGCCCAACUCCGCCGCCCUCCUUGACUAACCGGGCGAGCUCAAGACCAAACAUGGAUUCACAUGUGCCCACUUGUUGCAACCCUUCAUGAUUGACCAAACCAUCAACAGCCCAUAACUGAGACCUUGACACCAAACAGAUGCCAAGAAAACACACCAGAUGCACUGCUGGGACUUACUUCAGACACAAUUUGGACCAACACAACUUUUAACAGAGCCAGAAGGAAGCAUUCACUUGACAUGAAACACAUAUAUGGACUGCCGUGCUCCUUGUUUACAGAUGUUAUCAUUCGUUUUUUGAUAGUUCUAUAAAUGACAAGAACAUACCGUGUAACUUCCAGAAAGGACUUCUUUGAUAAUCCAGUGAAGCAAAUGUUAAGCUCCUGUGGCGGAUACUGAAUCAAAUGUAGUUGGAUUUACCUGUAAGCCGAUACGAAGUGUUGUGAAAGAAGUUUGAGGGCCUUAAAUUUGUCAUUAAGUGUGUUGUGUAAGCAUAUAGAUGACAGAUGAAGCUGGAAAUUGGUUACAAAAUCUAAUCAAUUUAUCAUUUUUUGUGCGUCUUAACCAUUUUAUUUAAUUUUUGUAAGAAUCGUUAUUAUUGCCGUGAUUGACAUAACUUGCCUGCGUCAUGUUUUGUUACCAUUUUGAUUGUUUUUAUUUAUCAUUUUUAUGUUAUGGCAUUUAUACAUGAUUCAUUUGUCAAAAUGCGUUUUAAUAGAAGAUACAUAUCUGCAUCCCCUCAGUUACAAUUUCAGAGUUCCGUUGUGUAAAUAUAUACGAUGCAAUGAUUCUACGACUUCAGAUCGUUUAUAGCAAAUUGUACAUAUAAGCAUCUAUCAAUUUAGCCAAAUACAGUAUUAUACUCUCAUCUCCAUUGGUGUGCCUGCCUACAAAAACAUACUCCACCACCAUCUCUAAGCAUUUUGGAUUACUCCUCUGUGUAUAUGUCCGUGUCUUUCAUUUUUUUGUUAUUUCGCAGUGUAUUAAACUGUUUUGACGGACUCUC